UCUUCGAUUCAAGACAAUGUCAAAGUAUCAAAGAAAUGGAAAAAGUCUAAUUUUGAAUCAAAAAGAAAACGACAGGAGAAAAUUGCAAAAAUAGAUUCUUUUGCGAACCAUUCAGUUAACUGUACUUCGAAUAUAAUACAUAAUUCGUUGAUCUUUACUAGCAUUGGUUGUGAAUUACUUUAUCCUUGUUUAGGGAAGGUGCGACGAAAGCUAAGGUUGAAGCGAUAGGAGCAACUAUUUUCCUGUUGCUUUGGAGAUUUCAGCAUUUAACAAAGUGUAAAUCAGAGACUACUUUUCGUACACUUACCUAAAAAGAAAAUGGCAAAAGAUAGCCAUGAUAUCAACAUAACGGAAGAACUUACAUCUGGCUCCAAUAUUCCGGCCGAUCUCAUUAAGCAAAAUUGCAGAGCAGACCACCAACAACAGCAACAUGUAUCAAAUUCUGGUAGAACAAAUGGUCAAGUGAAUCACUCAGAAGGGAGCAAUGACACUAUAGGAGCUACUCCAGAACUACCCCGCCGCGAAGAAAAUCCGUUUUCGUUUAAGCAUUUUCUUAAACGGGAUUCAUCGCUUGGUGGAGGGGCAGUUUCUUGCAAUACGCCUAAUGUCGGAGUUGGUUCCAACACUGUAAACAUUAACCACAGUCGUAGCACUUCUAACAUCAACGGGAACAACAACGGCAGUCCUAGUAUUAGCACUAAUUUCACCAAUGGUGGCAAUAGCAAUUGCACCAAUACCGUAAACAAUAGUUCGGUUGGGAAUGGUGCUUCACCUUCGAAAUCUGCCACAACUAGUUCACUGCACAACACUAGCACAACCGGGGCGAAACCGAAGAUUCCUCAGUUUCAAUCGGUCAAUACACUUAGCAGUGAGUCAAAAAUGAAACGCUCGCCUCGAUUUCCGUCCUUCGAUUCUCAAUCAAGUCUGUCGGAUCUAGCCGACGAUAAGUUUAUGGCUAACAUAUACCACAGCAGAAGUAACAAUUCGUUCAACUCGGACUAUCCCUUAGGAGGGGGAGGUUCACUGUCCGGUGGAUCGCAAUAUGUGCACAGGUCGUACUCAAAUUAUGAUAUGGAAAGUCCUAGCUCAGUUGACUCACCGCGAUUAUUGGGUUCUCAAAAUCUGCACAACUCUCCAAUUUUUAGUGGUAGAAGUCGCGAAAACCUAACGACCAGCCAUCGAAUGGGAGGUUCUGAGUUUCCAGCUGCACUACCCGACUUUGUACAGGAUCAUUUAGUUAUGGAGCAAUGGUACAAUACCAUGGGAUCGCCAAAAAGCGCUUCGCCCGUUUCGGUAGAUUUUGAGCAACUGCCAGAUUUCACCGUCAAUAAUCUAGACCCGGAGUCUAGUGGAAAUCGAGCAAUCGUCAACGAUAUACCGUUUGAUCUAACGUAUGGUUCAGUAUCGACUGCAGGUAUGGGGUCCGGCUCAAUUGGAUCAGUGAAUCGCAAUCGAACUCCGUUGCGUAAUACCUCACCGAACGUCCCGUUAGAUUUGCCGCCCCAAAAUCCAAACUUUUCAUUCGAUCUUCCACGAGUGAGACGAACUACCCCUCCACAGCAGCAAGCGCCCGUGCCAGAGUUGCCACCCGAUUUGACUGAAAACAGUGCUUCCGGUCAGGGCUGUGGGAGCCGUUUUGGUUUUGACGUGGAUCGUAAUCUUUCCUCACCGCCAUCCAGCACGGCUGCAGAUAAAAUUCAUCGCUUGCCGGACUUUUUAUCUGAUGGCCCAAUUCACUCGUCUGGCCGGCUGGCUGAUGUUACACACGAUACACCUCAUUUCAACUCACCAGACGCCGAUGCUCAGCAACAGCUGCAACGGUUGCAAAUCGAGCGCCAGGAAAAUGAUCGUCUGAGGAUUGAAGUUGACGACAACCGGCGCGUGAUAGCCGAACAGGCUCGUCGAAUCAAAGAUUUGGAAAAAACGCUGGAAUCGGUUAAAAGCAGCGCUUCUUUGAUGCAGGGCGUCGAGGGUUUUGGGGAAAAUUUGGAUAAAAGCUACCUGCGGGCUGCCACUGCUGAGUCUCAGGUCAUCAAACUAAGGCAACGAAUCAAGCGAUUAAACGCGGAAAUCGAAGCUCUAAGGCAAGAGAAUGAUAACCUUAAAGAGGAAGGUGCUGUAGGUGGUGCUGAUGCAGGUAUUAGUGAGGGUGCAUGCGGAGGUGGUGCGAGUGCUGCUGGAGGAACAACUGGCAGCCGAAGCUUCGGUGGAAGACAAACAUCGCGGCGCACGUUAUCGCGUGCUCAGGAGCUGUCGCGUGAGCUACGCCAGGCAGCGGUUUCAGCAGAAAACAAUUUACGGCAACUUUUAACCGGUGUGGAUAACUUGCGGAUGAUGGCGAGCACGAUCGAGAAUAUGGAUCGCAUCGAUAUAAGUCAUCCAGAAGACUUUCAUUCUGAUAGUGACGACAACGAUCUUUUGGGCCCAGCACUUUAAAACGUUGCAAUUUUGCAAUACUGCGAUACAUUUUGAUCUGUAAUCUUGUAAACAGGCAAAGUGACUGUUGACGCUUCAGCAUACUCUCGAUCGUUCGUUGUGACAGAAGUAUUGUUUGUUGGUUGUUAUCACUUGAGUUUUGUACUUUUUUUUGCUAACAUUGACCUAAAAUUAUGCUGCUGAAGUUUAAAAAAACGACUUAUCCUGUGAUGUGUUUUGUUUAGCUGUUGUUUUUACGAUUGUAUUCAAUAGUCACUACUAUUUAGAAAUCCAAAACAAAAACCAGGCAGUUUCUGUUUGACGUAGAUACUUCUCCAUGUAAUAUGAGAGCUACUGAAUGCUCGUUUCGCCUAAUGCACUCACUCUGCUGUGUUUAUUUCUGGUGUAGUUAGUAGUUCACCGAUUGCAAACAAUUGUUUUUUGUUUGCUGGACAACAAAAGUCUGAACAAGCUUUGGUUUUGCAAUGUGAUUGUGAGUCCGAUUUUGUUAUGUAUAGUUAGUACACAAGGAAAUUUUACAUUAGACAAGCAUAACGAAAACGGCAAACAUUAAAGUUUAGACUUAACCAUCGCGCACAGCUAAAAAACAACUUUAGAAGAACGAUUUUUCUCUGUUGCUCGACCCAGAUGUCUUUCCAAAUGGUACAACCGGUACAACUGGUUGGGGUCAUCGUUCCUUUCAACCGAGUGGUCAUUUGUUAGCGAGAAGACUGACAAAGGAAGUGCAGAAGUACACGUUGAAUUCGAGACUAUUACUCUCGGUGUGUUGAUGCAAAAGUUAUUAUAAAACAUGAAUGGUCUAAAAAGGAACGAUCCUACACAACAGUAGAAACACAUAAAUAUACAGAUGUAAUAGCAGAUGGCGAUGUACAACUAAUCACACAUUCACGCACCUUGCCCAAGCAUAACGUAUAACAGAAACUUAUAAAUUAUAGCUAUAUUGUAAAUUACACAAACCUAUUUGUUGUUUAGGUUUUAUGCAAACAUGGACAUGUAAAAAAAAUCAAAAUCUAGUGAAAACUGA